GUUCGCUGUUGUUAGUUCUGUAUGAAGCUAGCAGUGAUCUGUGACAGGUAUAGCGCUUAACAUCUGUCUUUUCAAUGUGUUGUCAUUUAAACACGUAUUUAACCAUUAUAGUGUUUAAAGAGAAUACCUAGAUGCAGUUAUCGAAGGAUUUUUUACGCAUGUUAACAGAGUUUUAGCGAAAUAUCGGACAGAAACGUGAACAUGAAGUCGGACAUCACCUAUAACCAGAUGGUGGAUCCGGAGAGACGGAGGCAGGAAUUCUCCCGCAGAGCGCAGCUGUUCGCCAGGUGGCAGAUCACUCUGGCCGCCGUGGCCUGUGUGCUUCUGGCCGCCAUGGCGCUCUACAACAUCCUGACCCCGAGGGCGGCGGAGUCAGUGACGUUGGCAGGUUCAACAUUCCAGCAUCCUGCCUCCAUCAGCAGCCGCCUUCAGGAGACGGUGGAGUCCUGCUCGGACCCCUGCAAGAUCGUCCUGGUGGAGAGCAUCCCUGAGGGGAUGGAGUUCAACUCCAGCACCAGCAGCCCCUCCAUCUUCCAGGCGUGGGUCAGCCUGAUGAGCGAGGCGCGCAGCAGCGUCGACAUCGCCUCCUUCUAUUGGACGCUCACUAACGAGGACACCGGCACCCACGAACCCUCAGCCUCUCAGGGGGAGGAGGUUCUGAAGAGGCUGGCUGAACUCUCCGGGAAGCUUCACGUUCGGAUUGCAGUCGAUUCGCAGGAGGGAAAACCACAAGCUGACCUCAAACUGCUCAACGAUUCAGGAGCCGACGUCAGGACGGUCAACAUGAGGGCGCUCACCACCGGGGUUCUUCACACCAAGUUCUGGGUCGUAGACAAGACGCACAUUUACAUCGGCAGCGCCAACAUGGACUGGAGGUCCCUGACGCAGGUGAAGGAGCUGGGAGCCGUCGUCUACAACUGCAGCUGCCUGGCCUCAGACCUGGAGAAGAUCUUUGAAGCUUAUUGGUUGGUUGGAGGGAGCGAGUCCAUCCCGUCGCCGUGGCCGUCCAGCUUCUCCACCCUGUACAACAAAGACACGCCACUCCAGCUGCUGUUGAACAGCACGCCGUCCAGCGUUUACCUCUCUAGCUCUCCUCUGUCCUUCUGCGCCGCCGGCAGGACUCCGGAUCUUCAGUCGCUUCUCAGCGUGAUUGACGACGCAGAGGAGUUCAUCUACAUCGCUGUCAUGAACUACCUGCCCACUACGGAGUAUACGCACCCGAAAAGGUACUGGGCCGACAUCGACACGCAGCUGAGGCGGUCGGCGUACGAGAGGAAGGUCAGAGUUCGCCUGCUGAUCAGCUGCUGGCCUCACUCUCCGCCCGUCAUGCUGCCCUUCCUGAAGUCUCUGGCUUCGGUUCACGACUACAGAAACAAGCUGGACGUCCAGGUGAGGCUGUUUACGGUUCCCGCCGACCCGAAGCAGAAAGCGAUUCCCUAUGCAAGAGUGAACCACAACAAGUACAUGGUGACCGACAAAGUGGCCUAUAUUGGGACGUCUAACUGGUCGGGAGACUACUUCCUGAACACGGCCGGGUCGGCGCUGGUCGUGAACCAGACGGACUCGCUGGACCCGACUCUCCAAUCCCAGCUGAAGGCCGUCUUUGAGCGGGACUGGCACUCGGCCUACAGCGCCCCCAUCAGACACGGUGCAGACCUCAAACACGUCUGCUGAUCUCCUUACACCAGAACUCAUGUAGCGUUCAGGUUCUCCUGGGCUUUGGACCCGGCUCAACGCUGGUUCUGCUGAGCUGGAAGCACAGAACUAUUUUUACUCCUUCAAUUACUUUUUCCCCCCACAGUUUGUGGAGGUUUUACACAAACGUCACUGGGAUUUUAAGUACAUAAGUGUGAAAGGGAAAGAAAAAAAUGUUUUUAACUCAGAAAAAUCUGAAAAGUGUGGCAUGCAUUUAUCUCAGCGCCACUAAAUCGAUUAUUUGUUGAACACUGCAAAAACACAAAAUCCUCCCAAGUACUUUUGAGUUCACUUCAAUUAAGACAAAAUUAACUUACAAGUAACUUUUCAGCAAUAUUUAUAAACUUAUUUUAAGUCAAUAACUUCUUAAUGAUUCCCAGUGCAGUUAGUAUUUUUUCAUUGAUAUUAAGGAGUUAUUAACCUAAAAUACGCUUCAGUAUAUUCCUGAAUAGUUAUUUGUAACGUAGUUUGUAGUAAAUCAAAAAUACCUCAAAACGUUUUGUAUUUAUGGUACAAAUUACAUCGGUACACUGCAAAACCACAAAAUCUCACCAAGUAUUUUUGGUUUAGUUUAAUGGGAAAAUGUCUUGUCAGUGAAAUAAUCUACCAAAGAACUGGUAAUUUUUCAUCAAUAUUAAGGAAUUACUUUCUUAAAACAGGCUCCUAUAUUUAACUGUAAAGUAAAUUUUGUCUUAUUUCAAGUGUACUAAGAUAUUAGCACUAGAAACGACCAAAAACACAGAAGGUUUUGUGUUUUUGCAGUGCAGGAAGUCCAUCCUCUCUCCAUAUUCAGAUCAUGGAUUUAACAAGCUUCUGUUUUUAGAUUUUUACUUUCAUUAUACUUUUAUUUUCGUUCCAUUUCACAGUUAUGCGUUACUUUUAGUUGGUCUGUUACUUGAAACACACUGAAGUUUGUGAACCGCUGACGAAGCAUUAAGGCCAAACAUUUUCUCCUGUGUCUCUUUUUAAAACUUUUUGUAACUUUUAUGGAUUCUAGUUACAAAACACUACUUUUUUUUUUUAUAACAAUACAGAAAUGCUCUUACUUUGAUUUAAUAAUGUGGUUCUUUAGCAUUUUAAGCUUCACCAUCAGUGGGAGUUUUUUUUCAACUCAGGGAUUAAAAUCUGAUUAUUUUUGCCUCUAUCAACGUGGGAAUUUGCGUUUUUAUUUCCCAAUCUGUUGUAAUUUUCCUGUUCUGAGAUUUUUAAACUCUCUUUCAAGAUCUGAUUGCAUUUUUUUUCUUUUUACAACUUCAUAGUAAUUAAAUAAAUUAAAAUUAAUCAUGUACACAAAAGGUCUUUAAUUUCUGGACUAGUUUGAACACCAUUACUGUUCGACAUCUUUGUUGUAAAGUGAUCAAAUAAUCCCAGGUAUAAUCUCAUGGAAUACCUGGGAAUAUCAAUAAUUAUCUGCAGCAGCUGCCUGUGAUCAAUAAAUCAUUUUCAAUAAAAGUUAUUAAACCAU